CCGCGGGCCAGAACCUUACAGGUCGGUCUUCCGGACCGUGGUGAUCGUCGCGAGCGUCUGCGCCUCGAUACUCGUCGUUUCGGUAUUGGUGAUGACAGUCGCGCUGAGAAGGCGGCGCGUCAUGAGCGCGACAACGUUGGCGCAGCAGGAGCUGAACUCCCACAUCCCGACGACGUACAGCUUCCAAGAAUUGGAGGACGCGACGGGCGGAUUCAGCGAGGAAUUCCGACUGGGAGAAGGCGGGUUCGGCGAGGUGUACCGCGGGGUCAUGCCGCGGACGCAGGCGCUGGUGGCCAUAAAGCGGCUGAAAGAGCAGUCGCCUCAGGGCGAGGAGGAGUUCCUCUCGGAGGUCGCGGCCAUCACGCAGAUCCGGCACCGCCACGUGGUGCAGCUGCUGGGCUGGUGCGACCACCGCGGCGCCUACAUGCUCGUCUACGAGUACAUGCCCAACGGCAGCCUCGACAAGGUCCUCUUCGGCCCGCGCCGCGACGUCCUCUUGUGGCCGCGACGCAAGAGGAUCGUCGCGGGCGUGGCUGCGGCCCUCCACUACCUGCACGAAGGCUGGUCGAAGCAGGUCCUGCACCGCGACAUCAAAUCCAGCAACAUUCUGCUCGACUCGCUGUUCGAGGCGAAGCUCGGCGAUUUCGGCCUCGCAGUGACAGGGGAGCAUCAGAAGCUGCUGUCUUCGACCAAGGUCGUGGGCACCGAAGGCUACCUGGCUCCGGAGGCGGCCAUUCUCGGCAAGUACACCGCCAAGAGCGACGUGUACGCGUUCGGGAUCGUUCUUCUCGAGACUGCCACUGGCCGACGAGCCAUCGACACUCGAUUUCCCGAGAACGAGAUGAUUCUCGUCAAGUGGGUUUGGAGGUGUUUUCGUGAAGGCGAUCUUCUGCGCGCAGCCGACCCUCUGCUCGCGGGCAAGUUUCGAGUCUCCGAGAUGCGACAGAUGUUGUUGCUCGGUCUGCUCUGUGCGAAUCCGGACUCGAAUGCUCGCCCUUCGUCCCGCCAGAUUAUCCAGCGUCUGUUCGGAGAGGCUCCCAUUCUACCGUCUGCUGAUCCGGAAAGUUGUUUGAGAAACUGCCGAGGGCACUUUGAAGAGUAUUCAACCGAGCUGCUGUACCGACAUUAUUAACGAUCCCCAACAGCUGCAGCCUCCUCAUUGUCAUGGACACGAGCAUAGCGCAAACAUCUUGCACCAGCUCAAUCUUGUGAUACUGGGAUUCGUGAUUCCCGGUACGACUUGAUACAUGCCUGUACAUAUGCUCGAAUGUAUGAGCUCGGCCACGGAGUCCAGCUACAUGUGGAAUUCGCAGACCUUGACUGUAAAACUAAAGCCAGUUGUGAACAUGAGCAUUCAAGCUUAUGAAUUAAUCUGCCUGCCUGUAUUAAAUUGAAUUAGCCAUUGAUUUAGCUUCGUUACCGUAAACUAAAAUACAGAUUUAGUUUUCGAUUGAGUGAUUCCUUUGAAAUGACUAAGCAGGCAGCACUCCUUAUCCGUAUGCAAUGAAUACACUAAACCUGCUGGAGUUUCACAACGACGAAGGUAUUGUCUCAUGUCAUUUUUCGUGAUCUGUCAACUUAAUUGCAAGCGC